AUGUUGGGGAUAUCGUUUGAAAAUUCCAACCAGAAUGGAACAUUUCAAGUAGAUUCCUCCGUUUUCCACUCCAACGCCUCCUCUAGUCUUGUAAAAAUUGUCUGUGCGUUUCGACUUUGUGCUCAUCGAGCUUGGUGCAGUCUGCCCUACCAUUGCAGUGGAAAUCAAGAAAAACACCAGCGAAUGACCUUCAUGCCCCCCAAAAUCCACUUCGCCGUUAGAUCUGUUACUUUGGAGGUACUCAAUCCCUCACCUCUUGAAACUGAUGAAUCGAAUUCUCUCGGCGCUAUGCUUUGCCUCUCAAUGAUUUGUGGCUGUCUGGUUUCUCGAAAUCACUAUCUCUUCCAUCUUAAGACCUCUACCUCCUCCACUUCAACUCCAAAUCUUGCAGUCUGCACUCCCAAUGGAAAUUUCCUCACUCUACGUCAACCGAAUGAUGGAUCAAAACCGUUUCCCUCUGCCCAAUCCAAUCGUCUAAUGCCCCAGAAUGAGGUUGAUGAAGUGUCUGUUUCAGCCGCCUUCUUACAACAUGAACCAGAACAAAACUACAUCCAAUUCUACAGCCCUCCUCAAUUCCAAUCAUCCCAUCAACAUUUUCAUACUCUUCCUUCCACGUGUAUUCACGAAACCUACCAAACUCUACCUACUCGACGACAUCUUCAGUGUGGACAAGAUCUCUUCACCUCACCUCAAAUAGAUAACCGAAGAGGUGUGAUCUACGCGAAUGGUGAUAUGAAUGAUGUACAGCCUACACUACUCGUUCCUGUUACCGCAAGUACACAUCUCAAUCGAACGCAACUUUCGAAGAAUGAACCAGAGUGGGUAUUGGAGAAUCAUCAUCAGCCAAGGAAUUCCACCUUUUUGCUGGAAACACCAACGCCUGCUGAGCCCAACAACCACACUGCAGGGAUCGAAAUUUCAACUAUUCCAAGAAAUAGCGGUGGUGUAGUGGAAAACCGAUCCCUGUGCCUAAUCUCUGGAGUGAAGACCCUGAGUUCUAGCCCAGAAACACGACCGGUUACACUUGCACCCGAGAGCUUAUACAGACUUCCUUCAAAGCUCUACAUGAUGCCUGAAUUCUCCUAUUGUCUGGCUUCCUCAGCAUGUGAUAAUGCGAACAACAGUGUUGCUGAGGUUAGUAGUGAUAGCCGCAGUGGUGGUGGGGGAACAUGCAAUGGCCCCAUUGAACGGGAACUCUUGAAUUAA